GAACUAAAUGAAUUAUCCUUUGACAAAGGUGAGAAAAGAAAAAAAACCCCAUAUGUGUGGACUAAUUCUGUCACAAAACUAUUAUUAGAGCUAUAUCAAACAUAUCGUCCAAUGGUAAUGGAAAGAAAGAUAAAAACAUUUAAAAAAAUGUGGGAAAAAAUUACAAUGGAAUUACAAGCAAAAGGUUAUGGUGUUGAUAUAGAACAAGUUGAAAAUCGAUUUAAAACCUUAAAAAGAAACUAUGUUGAUUCAAAGCACCAUAACAAGCAAACUGGGAAUAGCAGAAAAAUAUGUGCAUAUGAAGAUGAAUUGGAAACUAUACUUGGGAAACGUCAUAACAUUAAUCCCACUGUAACUAGUGAUAAUAUGGGAAUUAAUAUAUUAAAAACCAAUACUUGUGAUAGGGACAUAUUAAAUGUACCAGAUAGCGAAGAAUUAAAUGACUCCACCUCUUUUCCUUCUCCGUGUUCUAGUACUAAUAGUGAAAACUGUAACAAGAGACAGAAGACUAUAACUACUGCCAAUGGCUUACAAAUUUGUAAUAAAACAUUAGAAGAAUUGAAAAGUACAAUAUUAACUAGACACACUGAACGUUCUACUUUUGAAAAUAAAUUACUUGCAAAAUAUGAUGACGACUCAGAAAAGGCAGAAAUAUUUCGUCAAAAUAUAUUAAAAAUGAAACAAGAAAAGCUUGAUAUGAUGAAAUUAUUUCUGAACAAGUAA